AUGCAACCCUAUAAAUUUGUUAGCUGUCAAAACAAUUUGUAUUUUUUAUUCUUCGGCAAUUUUAUAAACAAAAGGGCGAAAUUCUUAUUUAAUUUCAUAUAUUAUUAUUAGGAAUAUUUAUUUUUUGGGAAGAAAUUAUUGCUUUAAAAAUUGUUUGGCAAAAUGAGUGAAAUAACUCAUGAAAAUAUGCAAUCAUUCUGUCGGACGUGCCUUGAUGAACUGGAAGACAAGUCAUCUCUGUUGGGUGAAAAAUACAGCAUUUAUGAGAAUGAAGAUAUCGAAAAAUUUUUGCUAUCUUGCAAUUCAACGACAACAGAAGACUUCGAAGAUUUCCCGCAGUUCAUAUGCUAUAAAUGUCAUAAAAAAUUACAGUCCUUUAGUGAUUUCCGUGAUAAAAUUAUUCAGUCACAUCUCUUUUUAAACAAUAUUCUAAAAGAGCAUAAAGAUACGAGUAGAACUUCCGAAGAUGAAAGGUUGCUGGACAGUGGUCAAUGUAGUGAAGACCAACAAGAUAAUAGUGUAGGAAUAUCUGAUAUCGAAGUUCUUCAUGGCUAUACAUACUCAACAAGAAGUCGUGAAAAACUACAAAAUUGUAUAGAAAAUACGGUGGUAAAAAUACUACAAGACCCUGGCGGUACACACAGUGUUAUGAAUAAAAAUCUUAAAGAGGAAAUAUUGGUUGAAGUUGCUGAAGAAAUAGAAAUAGACAUAAGUGAUAUUAAAGUAAAUCAAAAGAUUACCUCAGAUGAUGAAGAUACAUUGGAUGAUUUCGAAUUUUCUAGAGCAAUAAAUGUUGAACAAAAUGAUGAAAGAUUGCAAUAUGUAGAUAUUUCUAUACAAACUACAGAUGUACAACACAAUGUAUACGAAGAUGAUUGUGGCAAACCAAGUAGUGGGAACGGUGAAUAUUCACCAAGCUUAUCAGCAACAGCAGGCGACAUCAAUAAACCCAGAAUAAUAAAACAAAAAAUGUUUACUCAUAAAAAAACGAAGAAAUCUGCAAAAGGCGGAAAUAGUUCCCUGAAAAUGUCACCCGCAAAACAAAGUAGAAGUAAUUAUUCUGAAGUGAAGUUUCAAUGUGAGCAAUGUCCUCGACGUUGUGUAACAUGGGAAAAUUAUGAAGCCCACUUGCGUACCCAUCAAGGCCUAAAGCCAUAUGUGUGCAAUGAAUGCAAUCGCAGCUUUAACAGAGCAGCUCAUUUCCGUGCCCAUGUGCGUGAAGAUCACGGACCUGUGACACUGCAAUACAUCUGUUCGUUUGAGGGUUGCGGUAAAAUAUUCAAGCGCGAAAAUACUUACAAAAACCACUACCGACUUAAACACACAUUGGUACCAUAUGAAAGUCGUGAACCUAAAAGAUAUGUCUGUGAGGAUUGCGGAAGAACAUUUAGAAGUGUAACUACACUCAAAGAGCAUCGCUAUAAACACGCAUCUGAGGAAGAUUACCCAUUUAAAUGUGAAGAUUGCGGUAAAAGAUAUCGUUCUAAACGAACUUAUAAGGAUCAUCAGUUGCGACAUUCCGGAAUAAAAAAUUAUAUUUGUACUUAUUGUGGCAUGAAAAAAACCACACAAAAUGAAUUACGCGCUCACAUUAAUUAUCACACAAAAGAGAAACAAUGGCCCUGUCCAAAAUGCCCAAGUGUCUUCAACAGUUCUGGAAAUCUUGGCAUGCAUGAUCGUAUUGUGCAUAAGGGAAUCCGACCGUUUACAUGUAGGUUCUGUGAUCUCAGUUUCGGCAAACAGGAUACUUUAAAACACCAUGAAAUGAGGCACACGGGUGAAAAACCUCAUGGUUGCGAAUUGUGUGGCAAACGUUUUAUACAGAUUGUAGCGCUUCGAGCGCACAUGAAAACCCAUAACAAAGGAUUGGCACGGAAAACAAUAAUACCCUCGGUCCCAGAACAACCUUUUACAACAAUAGUGGAGUCAGCAAUAGAAGUAGAGACGAAUUUGGAAUUGCCAAGCUGCUCGCAAGAUGCUAGUUUUUAAUAUAUGGUUAUGAAUAUUAUGAUUUUUUCCAUAUUUGUAAAUAAAUUCAAAAUAUUUAUUUAACUAACACGUAAACUUAAUAUUACAUAUAAAAACAAAACAAAUUUUAAAAAAAAUUUUACACAAUUUUGUACACAAUUUUUUAAAAUUUGUUUUGUUUACGCACAGCUGUUUUUAAUUGUUAUACUGUAUAACGCGAGACUGGUGCUCAGAACUGUGCAACUCAGAACCAUAUUUGCAUUUUUAUUUCGUUUUAUAGCACGCAUUUUUGUACACAAUUUAAUAAAAAAUAAUUCAAAAAUUAGUUCCUACAUUAAAACUAAUAUUUGCAGAAGUAAUAAUUUCGGUAUAUGUAAAUAAUAAAAUAAAAUAUGCUGCAAAUAAAAAAAAAAACUGGUUAAGGAAAACUGAUUAUUAGCAGCUGAUGCAAAAAUGUCACAACACUGUUUUGCCAGAGAACGUAUAAUUUACGUUCUCUGGUUUUACUCAGGAAAUGUCAACUUAACAAACGCUAGAGAAAAAUUCAUAGAAAAUCGAUUAGUUUUGGUAUUGGCAAAUUGUGAAUUUUACGGAAUUAAUUAUAAAAUAUAGUAAGUGAAGCAGAGAAAUAAUGAAUCAACUUUCGCGUAAUAAUUUGCAAGAAUUUUGUCGAACUUGCUUAAGCAGUUUGCAAAAACGUCGCAAACGUGAGAAAGAGGAUACGCCUACUAGUUUUCACCAGCUGAAGGUUAAAGUUAAUCAAGGAGAUAAUGAAAAUGAUGCUGAAACAAAUCAUAGUUAUAAUCUGAGCUUGCUACCGCAAAUACAAAAACUAUUCGUCUUAUUUACUUCCUUGGAUAUAUCCGAGGAUAGCGAUGAAGAUGCUUACCCACGAAGUCUCUGUCAGCUAUGCUAUGACAAAAUGAUUGAUUUUCAAGAGUUUCGAAACUUGGCCAUCAAUUCUGCGGAAGUCUUAUACAAAAUUGUUAAUAGUUUAGAUGAUGAAAUGUCCAAAACUUCUGAUGAGGCCACAACCUUUCAAGCAAUAGAAAUUACUAAAGAGAUAAAAACGGAGACUCUGGUAAGGGAAAGAAGCUACCAAUUCAAUGAUGAUGAUGAUGAUCAGUUGCUUUUACCAGAACUAGCACCACUGAUGGAACUACCAAUCAAAGCAGAACCGGAAAACUAUUACAAUUCAGAGUCGGAAAUUAUAUUACCAAAUAAUGAUAAUUCGGCAAAUUCAUCGAAUGUGGUUAUUAAGCAUGAAAUUGAUUCGGAAUACGAGGAAGAUAAUUCCCAAUUUUAUGAACGUAAUGCUUUAAACACAGCAGAUAACACUAUUGGCGAUGAUGCAGAUGACGAGGAGCAUGCUUUAAGAAACGGUGCUGCCAAUACAUCUAGUAUGUCACUAAACAACUCACCAGUAACUGUAGGAGGAAGACAACGGUUUUGUGCAUCCUCCCGUAAACGCGAUCGCAAUAAAAAGUCAUUAAAGUGCCCUCGUUGUGAUAAACAGGUCUAUAAAAAGGUGUACCUGGACGCUCACAUACGGGCAGUGCACGAAGGAUAUGAGAAGCCGUUUCUUUGUUUGGAAUGUCAAAAGGACUUCACACGCUAUGAGCAUCUACAUACUCACAUUCAGUCACAGCAUUUAAUAAAACAACGUUUUAUAUGUGGUUUAAAUGGUUGCGAUGCCGUCUUUAAGUUGAGCAAUACUUUGGAGACUCAUCGACAAGUCGUACAUACAGCUACGUUUUCAUACGGCAUACAGGAUAUGUUAGAACUUCAUCAAGCCCAACUAAAUGAAGAAGUUGAGAUAAAUCAUAUCUGUCAACAGUGUUUCAAGGCAUACAGUUCAAAACGUGCACUCUCCGAACAUUUGAAACGACAUGCCCAAAUCAAGGAUCAUGUGUGUAAAAUAUGUGGCGUUGCCAAAGUAACACGUACGGAGUUGUUAACGCAUAUGCGUAUACAUAAACCGAAUCUGGAGAAAUUCAAGUGCACCAUUUGUCCGCAAGAAUUCAAUCACAAAAAUGCCAUAUCCCGGCAUGUGCGUGUCGUACACGAGGGUCAACGACGAUUUCCAUGCAGUUUCUGUCCCAAACGUUUUGGUACACGUAAUUCGCAAGUAUGCCAUGAACGCCUACACACUGGCGAACGUCCAUUCAAUUGUGAGCUAUGUCACAAGCGAUACGCGCAAGUGGAAGGCCUAAAAUCUCAUAUGAAAAGUCAUGACAAAAACUUGCGCAAACAUGUAUGCUCGUUUUGUUCGCAACGCUUUAUAACAAGAAAAAAUCUAAUCGAUCACGAAAAGCGUCAUCAAAGUGAUAAACCCCAUAUAUGUAACACCUGUAGUCGUGGCUUUUUUUCAAUUGAAGAUCUAGGUGUGCACAAGAAGUCGCAUACGGAAGAAGAAUUGCGUGAGCUAGCACGGAAUGAAUAUGAGAUGUAUCAAGACGCUGGCGAUAGUCUUGGUGAACAAGUAAUGGAAAACGAAUCAAUUAACGAACAAGGCAGCCAGGCUUAUUUGGGCUAUAGCAGUUCUCAGAGUAGCAACUGAAUUGCCGAUAAAUAUAUUGCAGCAUUUGAUUUCGAGUGAACGAAGUAAUAUAGCAAUUAUUUUGCAAGCACUUUAAAUCUGUAAUUUUUUUCACGACUUACAUAAACUAGCUUAGAAAAUGUAUGUAUUCAGGAACAUGAAUUGGCUACCUUCAUUUAAAUACAAAUAUAUUUAUUAAAUUAAAAAAUUUUGUUAAUUUCUAUUAUCUCCUGAUUCUACGCUGUAAGUGUACUUUCGGGUAGACGUAACGUACCAUAAUACCUGAAAAUCAAGUCAAACUUAAGCCACCUUAACGUUUUGCCACAGAUACAAACAAUAUUUUGUUUUUUGUUUGUCGUUGUUGUUGCGUUUUGAAGGAGAACUUUUUGUUUUGUUUGAUACUCGGUUAAUUAGCAUUUUAUGAAAUAGACAUUUAACAUUUUUUUAUUUUUACUUUCUAUUAAGAUGUCUGUAGCGGGCCCCUAAAAUAAAGCAUUUAAAAAAAGUACACAGAAACCCUAUUGUGAAUGAUUAGCGGUAAGAAAAGAAGCAUUAGAUAAACGUCAGACUAGUCUGCCGAAUUUCUUUUUUUUGUAAAUUUAUUAAAAUAUUAAAAACCGGAAAAAAUCUUAAAGAAAAAACAAAAUUUACUAACACAGUAUAAGUUUUUUCUGUAUAAUUUUAAGUAUAUUUAGGUAGUGUCUUUCCUUAGUAAAAACAAAAAAAUGAACCCCUGUGCUGUGCCCACCCAACGCCCGGACGUAGAUGGCGACGAACGCUGGAUUUGCAUUCAUCGUCGGUUUAUUUCUGAAUGUCGUGAAAAGGAUCCUGACGUGAUAUUUCUGGGGGAUUGUGUACUAGAAACAUUGCAGGAUUCGGAAACAUGGAAUGAAUAUUUUGCACCAAUGCAUUGCCUUAACUUCAGCAUACGUGGUGAUCGAACGGAAAAUGUGCUUUGGCGUGUGGAAAACGGUGAACUGGACAAUGUUAAACCGAAGAUUGUGGUAUUGCAUGUGGGCACCAAUAAUACGGAAAAUACGGCUGAGCAGAUAGCAGAAGGUAUAGUGGAAAUAGUGCAUAGAAUACGUGCGAAGUUGCCAGACACAUACAUCGUAUUACCUACAUUACUGCCUCGCGGCCAGCUACCAAAUAAAUUGAGAGAGAAAAACGAUGCGGUUAAUCGAAUUGUUAAGGAAAAAGUGAUUGGUCUUAAUCAGGUGCAAACUGUUUGCAUUGAUAAGGGUCUGCUGCAAACAGACAAUACAAUUAGUCACCAUGACAUGUUCGACUAUAAGAAUUUGACGAACAGCGGCGCGAAAAAAGCAUUCGAGCCGGUUCAUGAUUUACUCUCGCAGAUUUUGAAUGAAAACGAACCAGAAAAGGAUUUAACGCCAUCGGAAUAGUUGGGUGCAUAUGCCUAUUGAGCCGAACAGGUUCAAUAAACUAAUGUAACUGCAUUAUCGACAUCGGCAUCAAACAAACGGAACGAAGACUUCAAAUGCCAGACAAAAAGUUUCCUUGGCAGCUUAAAGCAGCAACUGGUCAUUUCUUAAAAUGCUCACAUACAAAAGCUAAUUUAUAUACAAAAAAAAAACAAAAAAAAAAUCAACAAAUAUCUCAUCACCUAAAAUAUAUUUUAUAUUAUUUAUUAUAUUAAUUUAACAUGCAUUAUCUACAUAUUAGCACUUAUAUAAGUAAAAUUUCCAAAGAGUAUGUUGGCCUUUGCGCUUACAUGAGAGAUAUUGAACUAUAAUUAUCUACUUUU